AUCCAACUCGACGCCACCCCAACGAAACAACUCGAAUCAAGGAGACGACUCUGCUCCGGACGGACACCUUUCCCAACACACGCAUCACACACGCCGUCGUCCUCUCUUUUGUUUCCUUGCGCAUCUUCCGCCACACGCAGCCCAACGAAGCAGAGGCACCGCGCAGCACAGCACCACUCCCGACGCCACCACCGAGCGAGGCACCGCGUCCCCCGCCGCAGAUGGCUUCCGCAGCGGCCUCGCGCCCGCCCGCCCCGCCGCCGCCGCCUCCCCCGCCCCCGCCGUCGGCCGCCGCCAUGCAGUGGCUCGCCCCGCGCGUCUCCUUCAGCCUCGACGACGCCGGCGGGUCGAUGGCCGCGGGAGCGGGAGGAGCGGGCAAGGCCAGCGCCGACUUCGAGUUCUUCCUCGCCGGAUGCUCCGCGGUCUCCACCAUGCUCCCCGCCGACCAGCUCUUCUCCGGGGGCAAGCUCGUGCCGCUCCGCAUCCCCGCGGCCUCUUCUACCAGCUCGACCGCUGACGGCAUCUCCACGCGGCCUCCGCUCGCGCCGGCGGCGGCGCAGCCGGAGACGCCGAGGCCGGAGGAGCCGACCAAGGAUGCGGCGGAGUCGACGGCUGAGGUGGAGCCUAAGGUCGUCCCUGCGAGGCGGUGGCGGGAUCUGCUGCGGAUGCGGAAGCAACAGGCCUCGUCCUCCUCCUCUUCAUCCUCUACAACGGACACCAAGCCGCUGCGCCGGCUCCUGCGCCGCGGCCCGAAGCCGCCGGAGCAGGAGCCGUCGCUCAACCACCCGCUCCUCCGCGAUCCCGACGAACCCGAGAAACCCGAGAAGGCCCCCGCUGCAGCACCCACCUCCACACCACCUCCCUCACAGCAGCAGCACCAGCUGCCGCCCAAGAUCCGUCUGACGCCGGCGCAGGCGACCGCGCCCCCGCCCCCGCCACCUCCCCCGCCGCCGACAGCCGUGGCCGCCGACAGCCCGCGCCUGAACGCGGCCGGCAAGGUGGUGUUCAACGGCCUCGGCCGCAGCUCCAGCAGCCCCAGCAGCCUGGCGGGCGGGCGGCGCCACCGGGCCGGCAGCGGGUCCGGGGGCGGCGGGAUGGAGCGGUCCUACUCGGCGCACGUGCGCGUCACGCCCGUGCUGAACGUGCCCGUCUGCCGCAAGUCCGUGUCCGUCUUCGGGAUCGACCGCCUCUUCUCGCCGUCCUCCGCGUCCACCGCCGCCGCGGCGCACGCGGCUGCUAAGAAGGGGAAGGUGGCCAAGAAGGAGGCGGUAACGGCAGCGCCACCGCCAUCGUCCAAGUAACUUAUCCUUUCGUCGAUGGCCAUACGUAGGCAAUGCCAUUGGUGAACUCUCGGUCUCUUCCUCUCUGAUCUUGAUCUUGGUUUUGGUUUUGGUUUUUGGUGAGCGGCGCUGCUUAAUUAGGUUUAUUGGAGAAUUAAGCUAGCUCUUGAGGACGUACUACUACUAAAUUAGCGGUGAGAAUUGUUCAACUGGCAUGUAAAUACAGGGGAGUGAGUUCUUGUUCUUGAUCUUGGUUCUUUUCAUGGGAUUUUUUGUGUGUGCUAGUGAGGAAUUACUGAUGAUGAUUAUAAUAAGUAUGUGAUGAACUAAA